AUGUUUGUGCUCUGCUCGGGUUACUACUACUUGUUUGCACGUGACGUCAUGGCGGCCAUGUUGGUGGUCAAGAACAAAAGCUUUUCUCUUCUCUGGGAACUAAACUAUAUUGUCAUGUAAAUUUUUCGAGCAACAUUUCUAUUGUAUUAACCCCCAACAUGGCCGCCUUGUCACGUGGUUGCAAGCCAAGAAUUGUGAGUGAAGAAGUGUCAUGGUUUGCACUUUGUUUGAAAUAAGGGAAUUGUUGUAAAUUAUGAAACACAUGUUAAUCAAAUUGAAGAUUCCGACGGUGACAUUAUUUUGGCAGUUCAAAGCAUGCAUUGUGUGCGAAAUCUUUUUAAAAUCAUGUCAUACAUGUUUUUUCAAGGUUUCUCAAAGAAGAAAGUGAAAUUUCAAUUUGGAAAUAUUUUGGUCACAGGUCAUAAACACAAUCUUUGCGGAAAGUGAAAAAAAGUGAUUCAUUAUUUCAUUAUUGACAGCCGGGAAAAAGUAAGCCUUGACAGAAAAAGCCUACAGAUUCAGGCUAAAAGCUGGGAUUUUUUUUUGAACCCUGUAUUCUGGUUGUUUAUUCAAGAAAACAGUACUUGUUCAAGAAGUGUAAAUGCGAUGUAUGGUGUAUUUGUCAUUUCAGCUCUCAAGUCAUGAAAUUUUACCCUGCCCCAGUAAUACAGCUACCCUGUUAAAAGGGCCAUUUUUUUUACGCAUUGGUGAUUUUUAGGGAGAAUGAAUUUAAGUUUGUCCAGCAAUAAUGUGACCUAAGUUGUCAGGAUGAGUCUGAUUCGCACAUACAAACGUAGGCCUUGGUGUUUUCGUUCUUAUCUUUUGUUAUGGGCUGGUCGAUUCAAAACUUCAAAACCCCCGAUGAGCAACCUCCCCCCCCCCCCCCCCCCCCCCUUUUUUUUUAAAACAGGCCUUGAUCUUUUUUUUUUAUAUACACUUUACCUUCAAAAACGCAUACAGUGUACAUGUAGCUUAUGGAUCGUCCAAAGACGCUAAACUUGGAAUUUCUGGCUCAAAUUCCCCACCCAGGCAAUGGUCAAAUUCCCCAAUACCCCAGCACAAGUGAUGGUGAAAUGCCUGGCUGGGAGGAAAAUUGAUCAGCACAUUAUUGUUGGACAAACUUAAAUUCAUUCUCCUUAAAAAUCACAUCUACCAGUCCACAACAUCAACAAGUGAAAGUGCUAGGUAUUUCAUUUACCUCUCCACUUAACAAAGUAGCUUACUUGCAUAACCUUCAGACUGUCAAACCCUUUCAGUAUGAAAAAUCAGGACAUUUAUUUAACCAAAGUACAAGUGACAUGAGCGCUGAAGCAACCUUGUUCCCAGGGUUCUCUUCUACCCUUCCCUACAGAGAGAGAGAGAGAGAGAGAGAGAUAGAUAGAUAGGAGAGAGAACCUGGGAACAAGGUUGGCACUGAAACUUAGAGUAAAUAAAUAACUAACUUAAUAAAUAACCUCAGAUGGGUAUGAUUCUCCAGUGUGGUACAAAAUAAUAAUAUCUUACCUAGUAUCUUUGUCUGUCAUCCUAGGACAUACAAAGUCACAGAGAUUUGAGGAAUAUGUAUAACAUCAUGUUACGAGUGUAUACUGUUCAAGUCAUACUGAAACUUCAUAAAAAUGAUGAACAACUUCAGGCACAUUUUGAAUUAAUUUUGUACUUUAUUGAGGAAUUUUACCUGUCAAAGUGAAUAAAUUAUUCUAAAUUUAAUUUCUCAUACUCUUAAUGUAUGGUUGGGCCACCUGUGCUGCUAUGAGUGUAAAAGUCGGAUUAAUGGAUGAAAAUAUCAUGUAAUUUUGCAAAGAUACUGAGUUUUCUUUUAUUCUUUCAGUGGUGGAUGAGGGUAUGGCCCACGCUACGAGGAACUGGCUGAUAACAUCAAGGCCAGUGUCCCUGAAGCUGAUGUUAGUGGCCAUGUUGGUCGCACAUGUAAGUUGAAACCAAAGAGCCUUCACAAUCUUUUACCUAAGAUAAACUUAAAAGAACUGUGUCACGGAAUUUAUCAAAAUUCACUCAGUUGGAUCUUCCACCAAAUUGAGUGAAGCAUAAGAUAAUCGCUGAGAACAUUAAAAGAAGGUCUUCUCUGUUUUCACUGUCACACCAUCAACAAUAAAAAUGCAAACUGUUUAAUACAGAAAGUCCAGAAUCUGGAAAAUGAAAGAAGAUAGCGUAAAGUCUCGCCAAGAAUCAAGGCUGUGGGAUAUUUCAUAUGCGAGAUAAUCAGAAACGUCUUACCCAAAUUUAUAAAGUUUUGUAUGGAGGUCAGGUACCUCAUUGGUGUCCCUUUGAUGGGCACAAAUGUGGCUGCCAAAAACCAACAGAAGAAUCAAUAGUUUCUUGGUUUGAAUUUUAUGUGACAACAUUUGAAAAACAAGAAUAAAUAACAUUUAAGCCCAUUAUUGAUUUUCAUAUCUAUUUGGGGAUAGGUGUCAAAGGAAACUGAGAAUCAACCUAGAAUUUUAACCUUAAUUUAAUUUUGGUCUGUAACUUUUUUGAGCCCUCAUUUUUUUGUGUCAGAAAUCUCACUCAUUCCUUGCACUCCUUCAUUUAAUUUGCUUAAUAAUGUCAACAUGUUUAAAUACUAUCUCUCAAACUUUCUUUGAGGUAUAAAGAGGGCAUUACAUGGUGGCCCAGAGAAACGAAAUUUUGUCUUCGAGUGUUCUUAAGAGGGAGAGCUGUACAGCCCCCAAAAUGAUCCUGACCCCGAAAUGAUCCCCAACCCUGAAAGGAUCCCCAAAUCGACCCCGAAAUGAUACCAACCCCGAAAUGAUCCCUAUUUCUCUUCAUGUCAACCCCAAAAUGAUCCCCAAUUAAUUCUUGGAAUGGAACUUGUAUUCCGCCACGGAAUUAUUACAAAUCUGUUGCAGCGUUUACGUUCUUAAAUCGUGUUUAACACUUCGCUACAAAUUAAAAACAUUACAGUUUUUCCUUCUUUUCUUCCCAUGAGACCCCGUGUGCGCCUCAACCUAAUCCCCAAUCUUCUGUCAUCCCAAAAAACACUUAAAUAGCGACUGGGUACGAGUCUGAGUCAAGAAGAUGUAAGCAGCGAAUGAUCAAACAAAGUGAAAUAGAGUUUAGUUGCGAUAUUUCGACUGGCUAAUACCAGUCUUCAUCAGGUCUAUUGAGACAUCACAAAUUCACAGAAAUAUAUAUGAAGUAAAAUUAUGACCGGAAAUUACAUAGUAUGACGUGGUAUGGUGGCUUUAAAAGACAAGAUAACAAAAAAAUAAAAGAUAUACUAUAUAUAGUUACAGUUCGUCAUGUUUGUUGAUGCCCAGAGGCUCAAUUGUCUUAGCUUUAUGGAUAAGGUGGGCUUCACAUGCUUUCCUGAAAGAAUCACGCCCAUUCUUAAGUUUUUCAAUAGGAAUCAAAAGCAUAUGAUUGUCGGAAUGAUUACUGGUUAAAAAGUGUUCUGAAACUGCAGUAUGGAUGUAAUUACCAGUAGGGUUGAGUAUAGGUCGUCUGUGUUCAUGAAAACGGUCUUUGAGGCGACGCUUAGUUUCUCCAAUAUAUUGUAGAUUACACAGGCGACAUUGAAUCAAAUAGAUAAUAUUAAAAGUUUCACAAGUGAUAUGAGAUUUGAUGUGGUGGUUCUCACCUGUAGAGUGAAAAGUGUAAUCGCGGCUACGACAAAACCUUUCCUAAGAUCCAAUGCAACGAGCUUCCGACAUUCUUUGCACUGACCCACUUACAAAUCCAAGACUCAGACUGAAACCUGCUAAAGUCUUCUUGACUGUAACAUUUUCAAUUUGAUCUAUUUUGAGUGAUCAUGAUCUUUUUGGAUCCGACAUUGAGUAAGAUUGAUUGUACAUGGUAUUUGCAGUGUUUUUCUUUUUUUUACCUUAAUUAAACAUUUUGCUACAGUUUAUGUGAUUUUUUAGCGCUUUUGUCAUCUAAUCACUUUAUGUAUACUUUUGCAUCUUCAAUGUCAUUUUAAGAUGUUAAAAAGUGUUAAAACACCAUUUUUAAAAUUCAAUAUCCAAGGCAUGCAGUAUUAAUUAACAUCAUUUUUAGAAUUUAACAUCUAUGCAGUUUUCUCUAUAACCCGGCUAUACUCACCUAAGUAAUAAUUUUAAAAAAUGUUAUGUUUCUUGAUAUUAUCAGUUGCAGUUCAUGGUGUUCCUAAAAAUAUACUACACUUUGUGUAUUUUUUUGAUAAUAAUAUUUUCGUUUAAUUCACCUUCAAAGUGUAAUCCCAAAUUAAUGUCAUGUGGGCAAGUGAAGAUUGUUAGUGAAGUUUAAGUUAUAAUGUCAUGCAUUUUGCACAAUCCAUAGUUCUAGGAUAUCAUUCCAUGGGGAUCAUUUUGGGGUCAACGUGAAGAGAAAUGGGGAUCAUUUCGGGGUCGGUAUCAUUUCAGGGUCGAUUUGGGGAUCAUUGCAGGGGUGGGGAUCAAUUUGGGGUCGGGAUCAUUUCAGGAGCUGUACAGAGCAGCGAACGAGUGAGAUAUUUUUCAACACGAGAAGAGAAAUUUUGUAUCUCCAAGUGGCCAUGUAACGAUUUAUUUAUUAAAACACCAAUGAAAUGCCAAACCAUUUCACUAAAAUAUUUUUGGCUGUGUAAGGCAUGAUUUAUUAUGUAGCCAUAGCAAUGGUGAUUUUUUCACAUGUGAAAAUAACAUGUUAUCUUCAGGUGUGAAUAAAUCAUGUUUUUGCAUGAAUGCUCACUUGGUAUUUCAUUGGUGUUUAUAUAAUAACGUAUAUUAUUUUGGUUUUGUUAGGCUAGUCAGUUAUGUAUGAAGAACUUUUAAGCACUUUAUACUAAUUUGGGGCUCAUUUCCUACUUUUCCCUGUCACAGCCUCAUUUGAAGUCACUAUAAAUGGAAAGCUGGUGUACUCAAAACUGUCCCAAGGAGCAUUUCCUGUAUUCAAAGAGGUAAACAAUAGUUCAGCAUUGUAGAAAGCAAUAAUAUUGGAAUUGUUUCCUAUCUGAGGAUCAUAGUUUCUGUGGUGGUAAUUUUGUUCUUCAGGGUGCAAAGAAAGUCAGUUUUACAGCCUGCCAUUGAGCAAACUGUAGCUAGCAUGUACUAGCCCACAAGUCAUUUCAACUAGCCCAAAACCCUUUUUGAUUAGCAGGAUUGAUUACAAUCCUUCUGUAAUUUGAAUUUCCCCCCAAAACAGCACUUGCCCAUCAGGCAAGUUAAGAACAAAAAUCACUAGCCCUAGCGAAAAACUCACUAGCCCCGAGCUAUCGAACACAACUUUCUUUGCACACUGUUCUUACUUUGCAUCUAGUCCUGGAAUGUGUGAAUGGUUCCUCUUUAUCUACUGUCAACUCCAUUUAUAUGUACGUGGAGAGGGCUGCCAUACAGUGUGGAAAGUGUCCAUAUUGAGUCGAACAUGUUAUUUAAGUCAAAAAUAAACCCUUUUAUUUAAACAAUAUACUAAGAAAUAGAAAAGGACAUUAGCAUCAUCAAAUUAAACAACUCUUACCUUCAAGAAGCCAUCAUUCUGCUGUCUAUGUCAGUGGAAACAAUCAAUGUCACACAUAAAAUACUUUACUUAAAGAAAAACUGUUCUAUGAACAACUUGUUUAAUGCCAACGUAUUCUGGUGUUAUUGACGUCUGCAAUAAUACUAUUAUUAUUAAUUAUUAAUCCUAUCUCAGAGGUCUGUAGCACUGGGAAGACAGGGAAGAUCGCUGUCAACUGAAGGUUUUUUAAACUUAGAAAAGGAAUAUUUUAUUACAGCACACAGUUGAAAUUGAACUGUCCACACCACACUAGCAAAGUUAACUUUCUGUGACAAUCCGUUUGUUGAGCAAGAAACGAGUGUGUGUUGUCCACAUUACACUGUAACGAGUGUUUGUAUUAAGCGGGUUGAAUUAGAGAAAAUGCUAAGGCUUUACCCAGAGAAAAAGCAAACUGUCCGUAGUGAGGUGUCCUUUUUAAGAUGGUGUCUGUAAAGCGAGAUUUGACUGUACGUUUUAAGUCACCUGCUGUUUCAAGUUAUUAAUAAGAAAUUAUAUUUUUACUUUUGCCAAGAUUGUCCAGGUGGUUCAUGAAUGCAGUGAAGGAAAAGAACCUCGAGAAGUGACAGAAAAAGAGCCAAAUUCUUGCAUCUUGAUGUAA